GUUAAUGUUUAAUUAGAUUGAUUGCACUAUAGUAGUUUCGCUGAGCUCUGCCCUUGUUUCCUUCUCUGUGACUGGACUGCACUGAGCAAAAGUCUCAGCUGCUGGUGCUGCAGAGACUCCACAGGCGGACCUCAGCCUACUUUACAUAAACAAAGGACUCCACAGGAGCAACAGCAAGGCUGCUCACACAGACCCAGGAAAGGAUAACCUGAGACAGGUCGAUGUCUUCCCCGAACGCCGCCUCCUCCUCCAUCCCUCCGGGCCCUCUGAAGCCCAAAAGGAAGACCAAGAAGAAGAACUUCGUGCAGCAGAAGGUGAAGGUCUUCCGAGCCAGUGACCCGGUGCUGAGCGUCCUGAUGUGGGGAGUCAAUCACUCGAUUAAUGACCUGAGCCAGGUGCCUGUACCUGUCAUGCUGCUGCCGGACGACUUCAAAGCCAGCACGAAGAUCAAAGUGAUCAACCACUGCUUCAACAAGGAGAAUCUUCCGGGUCAAUUUAAAUUCAAAGAGUACUGCCCACAGGUGUUCAGAAACCUGCGAGAGCGCUUUGGCAUUGAGGAUCAAGAUUACCAGAUUUCUCUGACCCGCAGUUCUCCCCUCAGAGAUGAGGAGGGGAAGUACUUGGAACUGUGGCUGACAUCAUAUGACCGGACUUUGGUGGUGAAAGAAAUUUCCAGUGAGGAGGUCGAGGAAAUGCACAGCUUCCUGUCAGAGUAUCAUCAGCAUAUUGUCACUUGCCAUGGCAGCACGCUGCUCCCUCAGUUCCUCGCCAUGUACAGAGUAACGGUGGAGAGCGAGGACACCUACCUGUUAGUAAUGAGGAACAUGUUCAGCCACAGGCUGCCCGUCCACAGGAAGUACGACCUGAAGGGCUCCGUGCUGACUCGUGAAGCAAGUUUUAAAGAGAAGGUCAAAGAGCUACCCACCUACAAGGAUGCAGACUUCUUGAAUAGCAUGGAGAAGAUCUAUGUGAGCGAUGAGGAGAAGGAGAAGGUGAUGAACAAGCUCAGCAGAGACAUUGAGUUCCUCAUGUGUAUGAGGAUCAUGGACUACAGUCUGCUGUUGGGGAUUCACGAUGCCGAGCGGGCCGAGAAAGGGGAGGAGGAAGAUGUGGAAUUAUCCUGUGAUGAGGAAGAAGAGGAUGAAAAUGACCCGGGUGUUCCUCCAUGCUCUACCUCACCUGAAGGUAUCGCCGGCUACAUGAGCUCCUUCAAACCCAUGGGUUCUGGGGAGUUCGACCCCUAUGUGGACAUGUACGCUGUUCAGAGCGCUGUGGGUGCUCCCAGGAGGGAGGUGUACUUCAUGGGUCUGAUUGAUGUGCUGACGCAGUACGAUACUAAGAAGAAAGCUGCUCACGCUGCCAGGGCUGUCAAACACGGGGCAGGAGCUGAAAUCACAACAGUUCAUCCUGAGCAGUAUGCGAAACGUUUCAAGGAGUUCAUUGCUAAGAUCUUUGCCUAGUUCAAAGAUGCAUCGUCUUUUAAUGCUGUUUAACUGCACAAUACUCACAAGAAACACAAAACAUUUACAGCUAAAUAGUCUGCAAAAUUAUUCAUACUCCUUAAACCUUUUAAAAUGUUCUCACAUUACAAUUAUCCAAUCUAAGCCACUGCAGCUCUGCCCUUAUGUUUGGCAGUUUUGUGCUGCUGGAAGGUACAUCUGGGCCCUUUAACAGACUUUCUUCUGUUAUUGCCCUAUAUUUUACUCCAUCCAUCUUCACAUGAACUCUGGCCAGCUUCCUCAUCCCUGCUGAAGAAAAGCAACCCCCACAUGAUGGUGUCAACAUGCAUGGUCAUGUCUUGGUAGGUUUACAGUCUAUUUUUGUAUGAUGGAUUGACCAGUAUCUAUGGUUUAUUUGGACAUCCAGGUAGUAGUGAGCUUCUUGGAUGUCUACAGGAGAGGAAACUCUGUGGGCCGGGGCUCCUUAUUUACACCCAACGUAAACAGAAACAACACAGCUCUGAAGAUCAAGAUAUCUAGGCUUUGGAUGGAGAAGACAAGUGGUAUGAAAGAGGCAUCAAAGAAGCCAUCUAUGUAAAAGUUGAGCAACAAUCACCAAACAGUAGAAGAGAUCUGAGACAUCAUUUUACGACAGCUUACAGAAAUUAUUUUCUGUCUUUUAAAAAUUGUUUUUAAUGUCCAGCUUUUAAAGAUUCAAGCUUUGUGGAGACAAAGUGAACAGAGCUCCAAGAGGUGUUCAAAACCUAGGAUAUUAUUUUAGAACCUAACUCUGCUUUAAACUUCUCCACAACGUCCUCCCUGACCUGUCUGCUGUGUUCCUUGGUGUUCAUGAUGCUGUUUGGUCACUUACACAAACCUCUGAGGCCUUCACAGAACAGCUGAAUGAGACUAAAUUAUAAAACUUAAAUGUGCAUUUUGAAACCAGUGGAUUUUAUUUAGAAGUAUCUGAUUAAGCAGGACUUAAGAUUUAGAUUUAUUAAAAAGUUUUCUUCAAUUUUUACAAUUUCACUACUUUGUGUUGGUCCAUCAUAUAAAAUCCCAAUAAAACACAUUAAAUUCUGUGGUUGUAACAUGGAAUUUUUUAAUUUUGAAAAGCUAAAGGUGUAUGAAUACUUCUGCAAAGUUCUGUAGAUAAUAUGGUACAACCUGAAAUUAUACAGUGCAAUGCAGUAUGAUACAAUGUAAAAUUACACACUUCUUGGUCUCCUUGCAGAAGCCAACUUUUACUGCUCUAAAUAGCUUCCUUAAUAAAAGAGCCACAAAUACAUUGAAUAUAAAAGCAAAUGUUUCCAGUACAAACUGUUUCACCUGGAAGUUGCAUUGCAGUCAGCUACAGACUAACUACCUUACAUCGGUCCUGAAACCCUCUCAUCAAUCAAACUGAAAAAACAGUGACAACAGUAAGAAAACAUUUGUUAUCAAUGCUUGGUUUGUUAUUUACAAAUAGAUAAAAACAAUAUAUUGGUUGUUAAUGUUAUUUCCUUUAUCAUUAUAACAGUUAAAAAGAUUUAUUAGUGAUUCUUGCAUACUUAGCUGGUAGUUGGGGUUUUGGUUUUUUAUAAAUUUGAAAAUACAGGAAGAAAUUCAUGGCAAGUGACAAUAUAAAAGGGUUUUAUCCCAUUUAUCCCAGCUAUGUCCUGCUUUUUAAUCACCCAUUCUCCCCUGCCACUGUACUUUAAACAGAUUCUUGAAUCUCAGGCGAAGAUAUAAGAGUUUUUGGCCAAAGUGCAUCUCCUUGGCAGUACAAAUGUGGGAAUUCAGGAAAAUCAAACCUGUACCCAUGGAUCUUAUUUUGUCAAAUACAGAAUUGAUAAAAAUGCAUUAAUUAAUUUAUCACAGUUUGGUUGACAAUUAUAUACUUCUAAUAAAAAUAAAUCUAUUUUGUUUUCCUUUUAUUUUUUUCUUUGCAUGCGAUCAUUGCUGUGGGGUUAACAGCUGUUUUGAGUAUAACAUUGGAAGUCAUGUUGAAUGAAGGAAUUUACAUGUUUUAACUCUAACUAACUUUAGUAUUUUAUUGUUAAUAUCAGCAAGUAUCUUUUCACUGUUUGAGCUGUCUGUGGACUUUGAAUAGAUCUUAAUUAAUGUACAAUUCUGUGCGUAGUGCUUACAGACCCAUUCGUUUAGGCCAAUCAAGCUAUAACAGUCGUCAGUUUUUUCUGCACAAAUACAUUGUUUUCAUUGAAACAGAGAUAUUUCUGCAAAGACCAGUAGAGAUGGUUUUCUCUACUGCUUACUUGCUGCUUACUUUUUUAACAUAUUUUAUUGGACAGCCCGAGCUUCAGGUUCUCUUCUUAUUUGCUGCACUGGUUCCAUUUGAUCCCAGUAGGGGGAAUUCAGUGAUGUGACAAAUUCAUUUGUUUCUCUAGUUUCAGCCCCACUUUGUAUGAAUAUUGAAUUGGUUGUGUAGAAAGACUCCAAAUAAAUGUGAUAAAAUGUUCAGACUGACCUCAUAGACACAACUAAUUAAAAUGUUUCAACUUUUCCUGUUAGAAGCUCAUUAAAAUUGCAAAUGAA